AUGAGCUAUUUCGUGAAACAGUGUAAGAUGAGUGUAUUGUGUCUACUAACACGAGAAACCGUAUCGAAAGUACCUCUUCAUAUAUUCUAUCUGUGUCCGUAUAAAUACACCGACUUUCUUGAUUAUGGCUUAGAUCCUCUCUCUGUGCUGAAAAGACGACUUUAUGUAUUUGCGUACAAACGCAAAUUGACCAUAUUCAAUUCUUCAAAUGCAAAUAUGGAUAUGUCCAAGGAACAUUCAGGCAAGUUCCGUACAAUAUUCGGGUGUAUUUUACAGGUGACCUACUGGUACAAACGAAAUCAAUUGUUGCAAAAUGUACUCUAA